CAUCUUAAUAAAUGAGUCAAGUCAGCAGGAGUCAGCUGCAACCUAUAAAGGCGACCACUGGCCAGGUCAAGAACAAAUAGUUUGUACAAGUCAAAGUCUCAGCACUCAAUUUUCAAUCUCAUUCAUAUGCAAAAACAGGGAGGGGUUGAUGGCUGCUGAACCAACCUUUUCUCAGAAUCUUGACAGCAGAAACAGAGGAGGAACUGAGCCCAAGAGGAAACUCUGGAGGAAGAGGUCAAUCAGGUUGGCAAGAAGAUCUUACUUGAGGCAAUCUUCAAAAUCAUCAAGGUCCCAAUUCGAAUGGCUCCCGGUUGAUGAAUCCAGGGGGACUUCAAGCCGGCGCCAACCAAGUCUAGUUGCAUUAUCAGAUUCAUCACCAAAUUAUGUUAAGGAAGGAAGCGAGUAUGAUGAUGUGAAUUCAGUGGUUUCUUCAUCCUGUGGCUGUGGGUGGUCAGACAGAGUUGCGUAUCCCUCUAUUACCAUGUCUGAUGAUGCAGCAGUCCCUCGACAUCAAUGUUCCUCAGAAGUAUCAGAUGCAUCACCAUUAUCUUUGAAGGCAACAAGAUAUCAAGCAAGUCACCAUGAUUCUGAAUCUAGCUAUGAUAGCAGUGUACAUAGUAAAAGUCCGCAUUAUACACCAUUAAAGACUAAUUAUUCUGGUCAGAAAUCUUUGCAGACUUUGACAAUGUCAUCUAGCAAAAAGGCCGUGAAAGUUCUGUUCAAGAAAAGCAGUUUUAAAUCCAAGAGGAGGACUCCACCGAAGCAUUCUCACAUUUUGGAGGAUUUGAGUGUAGAAAGAGCAACGUGUUCUUCCACGAUAAAAGACUCGAGGUUCCCUGAGCAUGUGGAGCUUGAGCCAGGACAAACAGAAUCAGAAAGGAUUUCAUUUGUAAAAGUUUGUCCAUACCAUCAUUGCUCUUUAAAUGGGCAUUGCCAUGAGCCUGAGCCUCCAAUUCCAAAGAAGCCAUUUUUACGCAGAAAAAGCCAAUCAUCAAUUCCACAGAGGAGUGCCAGUCCAAGUACUGGAAAGAAGGGUUCUGGGGAAAAGAAGAAAGGUGCUAAGAAACAACCAAGAGCUCAGUUUUUGAAAGGAGCAAAUGCGGCUGUUGAAGAUUCAAAUCUCAUUGAGACAGCUCUUAGUGGAACAUCACAUCCAGAAAAGGGUAAUCAGGAGAGUCUUGAGAAACUCCAAAAUUCUUCCACACAGGAGGAAGACGUUCCAGAAACCUAUUUUGAACUGAAGGAAUGGAGUUCUGGAAGCUACCAAGAAAGAAAAGAGGAGGAUAAAUGGAAUAAUCUAGCUCUGGGUGUUGUAUCAGAAGAAGGUCAUGAAACUACCACAAGUAAGGGUGGUAGAGAACAUAAUAAUGUCACCCUUGAUGGUGAUAAUGAUAAUUUUACUCGGACCUCUCUAUUAAAAUAUACCGGUAUGCCACAUGACCAGGUCAGCAUCAGCGGUGAUUGUGACUCAGACAGCAAAUCAAGUGAAAAUAAUGCAUCCUGCAAUAUCACACGGAACUUAUUUUCAAGUAAGAUAAAUGAAGAAACAAGCAGAAAUCAGGAGCCAACCAGGGUAGUUGUCUCUAAAUCUGCUCCAGCUGGAGAUUCAGAAGGUAAGGAACAAGUUUCAACCAUAGAUUCUGAACCAGCAGUUUCUUCAGGUGUGCACAAAGGCCAGAUUGGCAAGGGGAGAAAGAUGAGCAUGUGGCAUCUGAUUCACAAACAUAUGGUAUCCGGUCUAGAUGGAGAUGGUGGAACCAGGCCACUUCAGGGCGCUGAUGAGGGAAGGAAAAUUGAAGAAGCUGAUAAGGACACUGCUAAGAAAAGUUCUGAUGUUGGGUCAGACUUUUCUGAUUCAGAUGUUCGCACUUACAAUCAGGACGAAGAGAAUCAAGACAUUGAAAUCCGCAAGCUUUAUGCCGUAAAGCUAGUACGGGAAGCAAUUGAGAAGAUUCUCCUUCCAGAAGUUCAGGACCAAUUAUCUGAAAAUCAAUCAGUUACAAGUGAUAUUGUUGAAGACCAAGAACUUUCAGAAAGAAAUCAACAAGGUCCUGAUGAAGGCUGCCAUAGUCGGAACCACACUGACAGUGAAAAUAUACCAGCUGAUCGAGUACCACAAGAUCAGGUUGAUGAUAGCACCAGUCAACAAGAGAUAAAGAAAUCAGAAGCAAAUUCGGGGAAGAAAUCAGAUAAGAAAUCACCGAGCAACUGGAGUAAUCUGAAAAAAUGGAUUCUUCUUCAAAGGUUCACCAAAGAGUUGGAGAAGGUGAGGAAACUCAACCUCAGAAAACCGCGGCAACUGCAGUUGGAGACGGACUCUGGAGCAGAAAAAAUUUCUUUGAGGCGCCAGACAGCUGAUGAUAAAAAAAGGACAGAGGAGUGGAUGCUUGACUAUGCACUGCAGCAGGUGGUCAGUCAACUCGCUCCAACUCAGAAGAGGAAAGUGUCACUGCUUGUAAAAGCAUUCGAAACUGUAGUUCCCCCUCAAGAAGAGCGCAAUGUUCAGGCUCGGGAUGAUGCCACUUCCAGACGGGAUGGUUCUGGAAACAGCUCAGAUCAUGUGGAACAUUUUGAAACAAAUAACCAUCAGUUGCCUGCGGUUGAUGCCGCAGACAUCUCUACAGAUACCUACUUGAAGUCGGACAACCUCAAAAGCUCCUCUUCCAAUGAUGCGCCUCUGAAUGAAUCUCAGAGAGUUAUUAAUGUUGAAGAAUUCUCUUCUUUGAAAAGUGAAGAUUUUGCUGGUGGUUUUGAAUUCAAGAUUAAGAAUGAGAAGAAAGAUGAUUUAAGUGGUCUUGCAGGUGAGCGGUCUCACUCAAUCCAGAGUGAAACUUGCGAUGUUGGUAGGAAGUCAAUAGCAACUGAGAACAUUUUACCAGCUUCGGAUGAGGACACUGCUGACAGUUUCAGAGCACCUGAGCUAGAAAACAGUACAAACACCGAGCCAGAAAAUGUAGAUUCACGGGGGUUACAUAAUUAUACAACUAUCAGGCCAAACUCUCUAGUUGUUUCAAAGUUUCCACCACUGGAUUCUGCGUCCAAUUACACGGAGAAUGAGGCAGGUCAAUCACAGUUGGACAAACAAAACUAUCUUAGCAUGUGGCACUCAGUUUGUCAGCAUGUGGUAUCAAGUGUUGCCAACAAGGUUGGAAUCGAGCUGCUGGGGGAAGAAGAUGAAGAAGCAGAAGAUGCAAGCAAGGUUUCAGGCAUUGAAACUCCUGCCUCUCGUAAAGGCACUCCUAAAGGAAUUCACGGCAUGGCCAAUGAAAUUGAUGUAGCAAGCUAUCACCGAGCUGAAUUCAGCAGAAGUCAAGUGCUUAAACUUGUAAAAGAGGCUAUUCAAGAGAUCCUUAGUCCAGAAAUUCAGGAUGAUUCUUCUGACACACACUCAGUUUCAAGUGAGAUUAUUCCAGAUAAGGAGCUUUCGGAUAAAGAUAGUAGUGAAGGUGCUAAACAAAGUUCCACUGGUCUCACAGAGCAAAAUGCAAGAGAAAUUGACAGGAGUGAAGAGGGCAUUUCAUUAGAUGGAGGAAAAGGGUCAAACAAUAAUGCUAAUACUGAAGAAGACUGCCGGAUAGCAGAGUCUCUGGAGAAAAGCAAAUCUGAUCCACCCAAGGCAAAGAACUGGAGCAAGCUAAAAAAGCUAAUACUUCUGAAGAGAUCAAUCAAGGCAAUGGAAAAAGCCAGGAACCUGAAGUUGAAACCACCACAGCAGCUGCCGCUGCCGCUGCCAUCAGAUGUAGAACCUGAAAAAGUUGAUUUAAGGCAUCAAAUGAUGGAUGAGAGGAGGAAAGCGGAGCAGUGGAUGCUUGAUUAUGCAGUUCAGCAUAUUGUCACUAAACUAACACCAGCCCGGAAGAAAAGAGUGGCAAUGCUGGUCGAAGCUUUUGAAGCAGUAGUUCCACUGCCUGAUACGUAAAAUCAACAGAACUGCCAUCGUUGAUGAAACACUAAUUUUUCAUAAACAGAUUGUGUGGAGGGACCAUCUUCCAAAGUUCAAGCUACAUGGAACGAGACGUAGUUCAUCUUUCCCAAGCACAUGUCUUUGCAGCAGCUUGAUACAAGUUAGCCUUCAAAGAUCAUAAUUUUGUAAGAGGGCGUAUAGCUUAUUUUCACAUUCUUUUUGUGUAGACUACACUGUAGGAUGGUGAUGAACUAUCUUUUGUAAGAUUAUUCUAGUGGUUGAAUUACCAUUACACAAAGCUCAUAAAUAAUUCUUUUGUAUCUGUAUUCUUUUGGAGUCAACAUUGAAGUAAAUAAUGAUGGUUGUAUUGUACCCAAGUUCUUAUUAUUGUUU